AUGGGCAGUCGGCUGAUGGUGACCUUCAGCCUCUCGGCCACAGGGAUGGAGCCCUGGAACACGGCGAGCAGGCGACACCACCUGGCAGCUGGGAUGGAGCUUCGGCCAUGCCCAUUCCCGCCGGAGCUGCCAGACCCUAAGAGCCUAGGCUUUGGAGGUCUGGCGGGGGCCCCGCCAGCCAGCAUGUGCCCGGCCACCACGGAUGCCAGGCCUCAGCUGCCCGGGGAGCCCAAAGAGAGUUCUGCGCCCAAGCCUGCGGGCCCAGGGGAGAUCCCCGUGGCCACCUCGGCCUCCCCAUGCCCAGCGUUUGGCUUUCCUGCUGGCUUCUCUGAGGCUGAGAGUUUUCACAAAGCCCCUACGCCCGUCUUGACCCCGGAGGCGGGCAUCGGGAGCAACUACCAGUGCCGCCUGCAGGCGCUGAAUUUCUGCCUGGGGGCCGACCCAGGCCUUGAGCACCUCAUGGCCUCAGCUGCCCCCUCCUCUGUCCCCCCUGCCCCUCCAGCCUCCCUCCGGGCCCCGCUGCCCCUGCCAGCCGACCCCAAGGAGCCCUGGGUUGCAGGUGGCUUCCCUGUCCAGGGAGGCUCCGGCUGCCCACUGGGGCUGGCCCCCUGCCUCUACCGAACGCCAGGAAUGUUCUUCUUUGAGUGA